GCCAGUACAAAACACCUCGUAUACAUAAAAGUAGCAACUGGACACCAGCUCUCCACAAGUCUGCUGAGUCCGGAAAGAUCUCACUGCUAUAAUUUGAAACAGAUAUGGGUGUGUUUCUACUUUUAACCGUGUUGGGUGUGACGUUGCUAUCACAGACAGUAGACGGUCAGCAGAGACGUGCAAGACUGAGUGGAGUAUUAGAUAACGAUGUGCAAUCAAUUCUAUCCUUGGCGCAAACAUUGGGCCUAGGAGGCAUUGACAGCUUUGGAGUUGGUCCAGGGGUCGGUCUAGGGGCCGGUCUGGGUGGCGUAGGAGGCCUAGGAGGCAUAGGAGGCUUAGGAAGUGUACAUGCAGGUGGUUUAGGAGGCCUGGGCCUCGGUUUAGGAGGAAUAGGAGGCAUUGGAGGCCAUGUAGGGCUUGGAGGUCAUGGAGGGCUUGGUGGGCUUGGGGGGCUUGGAGGGCUUGGAGGCCUUGGAGGGCUUGGAGGCCUUGGAGGUCUAGGAGGUCUAGGAGGGCUAGGGGACACAAGUGGAUUGGACAUGAGAGAACUAAAAAGAGAACGAAGGAGGAGGAGGAGAUUGAGGAAAAGAGUAUGCCAGCAAAACUGUGUGUAUAGGUACAGAUCAUGUAUUAGUCAAUUACCUCAGUUAUGUCUGAGAACAGCUCGUCAAUGCCUGUUCGUCUGUUAGGAUGGACAGACUACUCGCGACGUUAAUGUGAUGGACAGGAUGUUGUUCUGAGUAAACAUAUACACGUGUCCCUGAACCUAACUCAGAGUACAGCUGUUAAUACGUAGAACAGAAAGACGGGGCGUCGAACGUAAUAGCACUGAUUAUGUUUUGAUAAUACAAUGAUUCUACAGGACGCCGGAAAAAUAAGAAUGUUUAUGUAUUGAUAAUACAAUGAUUCUGCCGGACGUCGAAAGUAAAAGGACCAUUUACGUACUGAUUAUAUAGUGUUUUUUAGGACGCCGAAAGUAAUAGGACUGCUUAUGUGUUGCUUAUACAAUGGUUCUACAGGACGUCUAAAGUAAUUUGACUGUUUAUGUAUUGAUGAGGCGAUGAUUCUACAGGUUGCCUUAAGUAAUUUGACUGUUUAUGUAUUGAUGAGGCGAUGAUUCUACAGGUUGCCAUUAGUAAUAUGACUUGAUAAUAUAAUUUUUGCCAAAUGUAUUGUGUCUGUCUUUACGUUGACUUUUCUAAUUUGUUUGCGUUGCUGUUUGUUUUGUUUCAUUAAUUAUACUUUAUAUAAAAUGUGAAUUAUCCA